AUGGCGCUCUACAGCCAGGCCACGCGCAACGUGGACCUGACCAAGAGCGAGACCGACCUCAACACGCACAUUAAGAAGGCGACGUCGAUCGAGGAGACCGCCCCCAAGCGCAAACAUGUGCGCGCCUGCAUUGUCUACACCUGGGACCACAAGAGCAGUCAGAGCUUCUGGAAUGGCAUCAAGGUGCAGCCCAUCCAGGCAGACGAGGUUCAGACCUUCAAGGCGCUGUAUACCGUGCACAAGGUGUUGCAGGAGGGACAUCCGAUCGCCUUGAAAGAAGCUCAGCAGCAUGUGGGUUGGCUCGAGGGACUGUCGCGCGGCAUGAUGGGGGGCAUGGGUGGCGAGGGACUGCGAGGAUAUGCGCCUUUAAUCCAGGAGUACAUCUUCUACUUGGUAUCGAAGCUGAAGUUCCACCGCGAGCACCCCGAGUUCAACGGCACCUUCGAGUAUGAGGAGUACAUCUCGCUCAAGUCGAUCAACGACCCCAACGAAGGCUACGAGACCAUUUCCGAGCUCAUGACCUUGCAGGACCAGAUUGACAGCUUUCAGAAGCUCCUCUUUGCGCAUUUCCGGACUGGAUCAAACAACGAGUGCCGGAUCAGUGCGCUUGUGCCGCUUGUGCAGGAGAGUUAUGGUAUCUACAAGUUUAUCACCAGCAUGCUUCGUGCCAUGCACACUACUCUCGGAGACGACGAGGCUUUGUCACCGCUGCGUGGCCGAUAUGAUGCGCAGCAUUACCGACUGGUGCGCUUUUACUACGAGUGCUCGAAUCUUCGCUACUUAACAUCUCUCAUCACCAUUCCUAAACUCCCGCAAGACCCGCCGAACGUGCUAGUCGAGGACGAGAACGCACCUGCAUUGCCACAGCGCCCAAGGAACGAGCCUGUCACCAAACCCAGAGACACUCCACCCCCGCAAGCUGCCACCGACCCCGAGCCGAUCAACGAAUUUUGGAAGAAUGAACAGGCGAGGCAGCAAGAGGAGUAUGAAGCUGAGCAGAGACGACUUCAGGCGCAGUGGGAAGAAGCUCAGAGGCAACAACAAUUGCAGCAACAGCAGGCACAACGCGAUUUCGAGGAACAACAGCGGAUGCAGGCUGAACAGCAGAGGCUACAACUCGAGGCACUUCAAAGACAACAGUUCCAGGAGCAAACCCAAGGUCGUAUGGCUGAGCUGGAGCGAGAGAAUUUGAAUGCCCGUGCCCAAUACGAGCGAGAUCAGCUCAUGCUGCAACAGUAUGACGCACGAAUGAAGGCUUUGGAGAAUGAACUGUCGACUCUCGGGCAGAACUUUCAGCAGCAGACGCAAAGCAAGGACGAUCAGAUUCGAGCACUGCAAGAACAGGUCAACACUUGGCGCACGAAAUACGAGGCUUUGGCGAAACUGUACAGUCAACUGCGCCAUGAGCACUUGGAGCUUCUUCAGAAGUUCAAGGGCGUGCAGCUAAAGGCUGCAUCUGCGCAGGAGGCCAUUGACAAGCGCGAGAAGCUGGAGCGUGAGCUGAAGACCAAGAACCUCGAAUUGGCAGAUAUGAUUCGGGAACGAGACCGUGCUUUACAUGAAAAGGAUCGUUCGACAGGUGGCCACCGCGACGAGGUUGAGAAACUCAAGCGCGAGUUGCGCAUGGCUCUUGAUAGAGCUGACAAUGCGGAUCGUGCAAAGGGUAGCGAGCUUUCAGCCAUGCUUUCACGGCACAACCGUGAGAUUGCAGACCUGGAAGAAGCACUCCGCAACAAGACACGGGCUCUUGAUGACAUUCAGAUGAAGCAUGGCGAAGGCAGUUCCGACCUUGAACGACAACUGCGCGAGAAGGAAGAGGAGCUGGAGAUCUACAAGUCUGGCAUGGACCAAACGCUGCUGGAGUUGAACGAGCUUCGCAACGGGAAUGGCGUCUCAGACAAGGCCAUGGACGAACAGAUCGAUGUGAUGCUCCUCGACAACAUCAAGAAGAUCAACGACAUCAUCGACUCGGUGCUCCAGGCUGGUGUGCAGAGAGUGGAUGAUGCGCUGUACGAGUUGGACAGCUCCAUGCAGGCUGGUAACCAGAACGCCAGUGGUCCGUACGUGCUUUCGCAGAUUGAGAAGGCCCAGAGCACUGCCAUGGAGUUCAGCACUGCGUUCAACAACUUCAUCGCCGACGGUCCCAACAGCACCCACGCUGAAGUUAUCAGAACUGUGCAUCAGUUCUCAAACGCCAUCGCCGAUGUCCUUUCGAACACCAAAGGUAUCACCCGCUUUGCCAGCGACGACAAGAAGGGCGAUCAGCUCAUCUCCGCUGCUCGUCGAUCUGCAUCUAGCACUGUGGACUUCUUCCGUGGCAUCGUGUCCUAUCGCCUUGAUGGACUCGAGGAUCUGCAGAAGACCGAUGUGGUUAUCAACAAGAACAACGACGUUCAGAUCGCCCUGAACAACUUGAGCAAGUUGGCUGAUGCGUUCGCACCAAAGACCAAGGUGACUUCGCAAUCAGGAGAUCUUGCUGAGACAGUUGAUCGUGAGAUGAUGAACGCUGCCAAAGCUAUCGAAGCUGCCACUGAGCGCCUCACGAAGCUCAUGAACAAGAAGCGAGACUCGUACUCGACAUAUGAGCUCAAGAUCCACGACUCGAUUCUUGAAGCUGCCAUUGCUGUUACGAACGCAAUCGCGCAGCUGAUCAAGGCCGCAACAGCUUCCCAACAAGAAAUCGUCAACCAAGGUCGUGGCUCGAGCAUGAGCAAGACCCAGUUCUACAAAAAGAACAACCGCUGGACGGAAGGUCUCAUCUCUGCCGCCAAAGCAGUUGCAAGCUCCACCAACAUGCUCAUCGAGACUGCGGAUGGUGUGAUCAGCGGACGUAACUCUCCCGAGCAGCUCAUCGUCGCGUCAAACGAUGUAGCGGCUUCCACAGCACAGCUCGUGGCUGCUUCACGAGUCAAGGCAAGCUUCAUGUCCAAGACUCAGGAGAGGUUGGAAGAGUGCAGCAAAGCCGUCACGAACGCCUGCCGAAGCCUGGUGCGACAAGUGCAGAGCAUUAUCGAGAGCCGGAACAAGGAUGGCGACGAGGAUGUUGACUACAGCAAAUUGAGCGGACAUGAUUUCAAGGUGAGGCAGAUGGAGCAGCAGGUCGAGAUUCUGCAGUUGGAGAAUUCGUUGUCGGCUGCGAGACAUAGGUUGGGUGAGAUGAGGAAGUUGAGUUAUCAGGAGGAAGAUUAG